CUGUACAUGGUGCUGAACAGUGCGCGUGCGUUAACUUUAUUUACAGUGGAUAUGCUGAUGUAGGAGGCUUGAUGCAAAUGGUUAAUGGAGUUAUUUUCCCUUUACAGAUAAAUAUCUGAAGUUUGAAUUCAAAAGUGUAUUGAUCACCCAACAUGUCUCCCCGCAUUGAUGACGUCAUGAAGCUGUGUUGUGAGCUGUCUGCAAAUCAGCAGGUAAAGACUGCCGUGAAGCAUUCUGGGAAGGGAGCGAUGACUGCUGGAGGACUUGCUUUUGCUGGAGGAUUGGUUGGGGGACCGCUUGGCAUCGCCGUAGGCGGUGCUGUUGGAGGACUUCUGGGAUGUUGGAUGACAAGCGGUCAGUUCAAACCUCUUCCUCAGAUCAUCAUGGAAAUGACACCAGAUCAGCAGCAGAAGCUCUACGAGGACGUCAUGGCCAUCUUGGGCUCGAUCGAGUGGACUGAUGUAGCCCAGUUAUUGGCCAUAGUCACAGGAAGCGCAUCACUUCAGCAGCAAGUAACUGCAGCUUUACUGAGCUACGUUCACAAAGAGCUUCAGGCUGAGGUUCAUUAUGUGGACUGAGCCACAUGAUCAGAUCACUCGUUUGGACAACAUAUUCUAUUGUGAAACCUAUUUAUUUUAAACAAUGGUUUACAAUGUUUUAAUAUCAACAAUUUUAGGAACAAAUUGCAAAUGACACACUACAUUUUUGACAGUGAGGAUGAAUAAAUCGAACUGUUGACUGUUACAAGAUAAAUGUUUUUGCUCACCAACUCCUGUAAAAGGGGGCCACAGUGGCUUAGUGGUUAGCACUAUUGCCUCACACCUCCGGGGGUUGGGGUUCGACUCCCACCUCUGCCCCGUGUGCAUGGAGGUUGCAUGUUCUCCCUGUGCCUCAGGGGGUUUCCUCCAGGUACUCUGGUUUCCUCCCCUAGUCCAAAGACAUUCAUUGUAGGCUGAUUGGCAUUUCCAAAUUGUCCGUAGAGUGUGUAUGUGUGUGUGAGAUUGUGCCCUGCAAUAAGUUGGCACCUCGUCCAGGGUGUCCCCUUGUCCCCCGUACUCCCCAUGACCCUGUGUAGGAUAAGCGGUAUAGAGAAUGGAUGGAUGGAUCUCCUGUAAAACACUACUUAAACAAUAUUCUCACUAAAAUUCUAAUGCUUUGGUUACUCACUGAUUUCCUUAUUUAUUUAGCUUUUACUCCAUUUUCUCACAGUUUAAUCAUUUCCAGUUCCCACCUCUAUGUCAUCAGUAGGUGUGUUACAGUCGCAGUCAUGGGUGUAAUGAACUUAAAUGAAGUGGAUUAUUUAUUUUUUAUUUUAUUUCAUUUAUUUUUUUGCUAAAAUGUGUUUGGAGGAGAAACUAAAUGUUGACAGACUGAGCACACAUUGUCUAAAUAAAGAACAAACUACACAAAAUGA